UGUCUUGGCUCAUCAGCAACCUGAACAUCUCUAAAUCUCAACAGCAAAACAAAGUUCUUAACAUCCAAACAAAAUCUUAUUUCAGCAGCCAAAGAAAAGCUUUCCCUGUGUUUUCUCGUAGCCAAGUUUUUUGCUACUCACUCGACUCUACUGUGAUUCUUUUUUUUUUUUUGUAUUAUUUUGAACUACUAAUUCUGUGAAUAAAGACAAGAAAAAUGCCCAAGGAGAAUAGUAAUGUUUCUCAAAGAGCAUGGAGUCUCCUGCGUCUAGCAUUGUUAUGGACAAGAAAAGGUGGGGUGUUCAAGAGACGGCUUAUGAUGGAGCUACGGUUGGUGCCUAAGUUCCUCAAAGGCCUUGGACAUACAACAGCUCCUCGCGACCAAAGCCAUUACAAGGAGCGCGAGCUUUCCUUCGACGAGACCCCUCUUUUUCCCGUCAAGAUGCACCGUCCUGCUUCCAUGCGGUUCCUUCUUCCUUGCAUUAGCACCGAGGCAGUGGAUUUCGAUUACGAUUUCGGAAUGGAUGAAUACGACGGAGUUUGCGGCUAUGAGAGUGGAAGAAAGAGUUACUCAAGCAGUUCUGAUGAGGAAGAACAAGGAGAAGAGAAAGAGUGUGGAUAUGAGGGUUGUGAUGAGAAGAGUCCAUAUUCAUUAGAGGAGGAAGAGGGGAUUGAUUCAAAGGCGGAGAAGUUCAUUGCCAACUUUUACGAGCAAAUGAAGUUACAAAGGCAGAUAUCUUAUUUGGAAUACACUGAAAUGCUUAACAGAGGCGCAAGUUGAAUCUUGUGCUCUUGGGAAAUCUGCAUCCUUCUAAGUUCAUUUUGCAUAUUCUACACCUUCUUGCUCUAUUUUAUGCUUUCAGUUUGCGGCUUUUAAAGAUAAUUCUUUUACAAGAGAGACACUGCGGCUUUUUGUUAUUCUUGUAAAUAACGAGGAUUCGAGUGUUUACAAUUUCAUCAAUAAGAAUUAAAACAUCUCAUAUACGUUUUUAUUAAGAAUCAAAA